AUGCAGUCGACGCGGAUACUGGCGCUGGCCCUGGUUGGCCUGGUCCUGGCCGCCGUGGCAGUGCGGGAGGCCUCCGCCCUGCACAAGCUCAAGGCCAAGAAGCUGGCCAAGCUGGCCAUCUUGGCCAAGGCGCUGCACCCCAAGUUCAUCCCCAUCAUCCCGUUCCACAUCACCAAGCACACCAAGGUGCCCGUCCACUACCCGGCCUACUACCCGGUCCACUCGCACUCGGCCUACAAGCACGUCAUCCUGCCCGAGCACGGCGGCGGAGGCCACGGCGGCGGAGGCUACGGCGGCGGGGGCUUCGGCGGAGGAUUCGGCGGGGGCCACGGCAGCGGAGGCUACGUGUCCGGAGGAGCGCACUUCCUGGGCGGCGGAGGGGGCUACGACCUCGGAGGCGGAGGCUGGUGGUAG